AUGGUCCGAGACCUGCCAGGGUUCUACUACGACGAGGCCACCAACCGCUACUUCCGCCUGCCCAGACCUUCCACUCCGGCCCCCUCGCCCUCUCCAUUUGCAGCAGCAGCUGGUGGUGUGCAUGCAGCAGGGGGAGGCGGCGGAGGAAGAGGAGGAAGAGGGGGAGGAGGAGGGAGAGGAGGACGAGGAGGGGAAGAUGGAGGUGUGGGGAGAGGAGGAAGCGGGGAUGGGGGCAGAGGAGGAGGCGGAGGAAGAGGUCGGGGACGGUCUGGAGGAGAGGGGGACAGGCAUGCAUACGCACCCUCCCUUGGGGCAGCAGAGCGAUUGGUGACUCUGGUGUUGCUGCUGGCAGCUGUGCAGCGUGAGUGGGUGGAUUGGGUAGGAAAAGAAGGGGGAGCAGAGGGGGAAGGAGAGGGCGUUUGGGUUGGGGCCUUCUCAAGCUCGCACUCCCUCUUUCUGGGCUCGGAUGUUACGAGCAUACGCACGCUCCCUUGGGGCAGCAGGGCGGUUGGUGACUCUGGUGUUGCUGCUGGCAGCUGUGCAGUCAUCACGACUCUAGGCACGGGGGGUCACCCUGCCUGUGUGGUGCUGGCUGGUCUGGACCUCUUGGGCUCAUCUGGUGCAGCCACAACUGGUGACGGCGCAGCUGCUGUUAAUGGCUCUUUCCCUUCUUCCUGUCCAUCCCGUCCUUCCCAGCAUCACGACUCUAGGCACGGGGGGACACCCGGCCCGAGAAGGAGCAGCAGGCAGCGUCUUCAUUGGCAAGUGGAGAGGCAGUUUGAGUUGCCGGGCAGCGUGUGGGCGUGUGAAUGCUCGCCGAAGCAGGGGGAAAUUGGAGUGGGCACCUCCCUGGGAUUGCGGCUGCUGCACGUGGAGACGGGGCAGAGGACAGCCCUGUGCCACAGCAACAGUGACGUGCUAGCGCUGCAGGUCACAGGGGAGGUGAGACACGGAGAGGUGGUGCAUGGGGGAGGUGAGUUAUGGGGGAGGUGGGAUCUGCACGGGGAGACGGGGCAGCGGACGGCCUUGUGCCACAGCACCAGUGACGUGCUGGCGCUGCAGGUCACAGGGGAGGUGAGACCCUGGGAAGACCCUGGGGAGGUGAGACCCUGGGGAGGUGAGACCCUGGGGAGGGCAGCAUACCUGGCCGGCUUCCGCAACGGCGCCAUCGACACGCACGCACCCCUGCCCACCUCGAUUUCUGAGUGGACUCAAACAAACCCUCUCCUCUUUCCCCCCCCUCCCCCCCUCGACCCCAGGGUAGCAUCUACCUGGCUGGUUUCCGCAACGGCGCCAUCGCCACCAUCGACACGCGUGCACCCCUGCCCACCUCGUCCAAGCAGCUCCCGCACCCAUCACCACGGCUCUCACACUCCUCCUCCAUGCACCCAACGCAUCAGAGGGGGCAGGGGGGCAGGAGGGGAAGGAUGGGUGCAGGGGAGGUGA